ACAGACGCGCCGGAAGCGGAAGUUGCUAAGAGGUAGGGGAGUUGUGGGGCAAGUGUUGGGCUGUUUUCGGGCUUCUUGGGUUUAAGCGCGGUUGGGUAACCUCGCCAGUUCUUCUCACCCGCCUCAAACCGGUUCCCGGCCCGCAAGCCUCGCCCGAGGGGUGUGGUACUCGGGGCUCCGACUCCUUCCCCGGGGUCCGUGUGACCCGCUGGUUGCCGCAGUCCCCUGCCCCUUCCCUGGAGUGAGGCCCCGUCCGGCUUCCCGGAGUCCCCCGCAGAGCCCCGCCAUGGGUAACACGAGCAGCGAGCGGGCUGCGCUGGAGCGGCAGGGCGGCCACAAGACCCCGCGAAGGGACAGCUCGGGGAGCGCCAAGGACGGGGACAGGCCCAAGAUCCUGAUGGACAGUCCCGAGGACGCCGACCUCUUCCACUCCGAGGAAAUCAAGGCUCCAGAGAAGGAGGAAUUCCUGGCUUGGCAGCAUGAUCUGGAAGUGAAUGAUAAAGCCCCCGCCCAGGCUCGGCCAACAGUAUUUCGAUGGACGGGGGGCGGAAAGGAAGUUUACUUAUCUGGGUCCUUCAACAACUGGAGUAAACUUCCCCUCACAAGAAGCCACAAUAACUUUGUAGCCAUCCUGGACCUGCCUGAAGGAGAGCAUCAGUACAAGUUCUUUGUGGAUGGGCAGUGGACGCAUGACCCUUCCGAGCCAAUAGUAACCAGCCAGCUUGGCACAGUUAACAACAUCAUUCAAGUGAAGAAAACUGACUUUGAAGUAUUUGAUGCUUUAAUGGUGGAUUCCCAAAAGUGCUCCGAUGUGUCUGAGCUGUCCAGCUCCCCACCGGGACCCUACCAUCAGGAGCCCUAUGUCUCAAAACCAGAAGAACGGUUUAAAGCCCCACCCAUUCUCCCUCCACAUCUGCUCCAGGUCAUCCUGAACAAGGACACGGGGAUUUCUUGUGAUCCAGCUUUGCUCCCUGAGCCCAACCAUGUCAUGUUGAACCACCUUUACGCGCUCUCUAUCAAGGAUGGAGUGAUGGUGCUCAGCGCGACCCACCGAUACAAGAAAAAGUAUGUCACCACCUUGUUAUACAAGCCCAUAUGAAGAGCUGGGAGCCAGCGGUGGGCCCCAGGGAACAGUGUGCACCCCCAGGCUCCACGCGUGCAUGCUUUCCACUAGAGGGAAUGGACUGUAAAUUUUUCAUUUCACACUCUAUAAGACAUUUCAUACCCGCCAUAGUCCUGCUUGAAGGUUUGUUCCAGGCGUGGCAGCUUCCGAAGCGCCUCCUGUCUGUAACAGUCCUCUGGGCACCCAGUGGCGUGGCAGCUCCCGAAGCGCCUCCUGUCUGUAACAGUCCUCUGGGCACCCAGUGGCUUUGAGUCUCAAGGCUCACUAGAGCUGAGAACAGAGUGAGGGGACACAGGUCUGUGGCCCCCAUACCACGGUGCAUGAGGACAGGUGCAAUUCUUAACAGACAUCUUUUGAGCUGGUCGUGGAGAUGCUUCUUAAGCCAAAAAUGAACCCUAGCCACUUUGCUGGUAAAAUCCGAGAAGCAGGGAUGGAGGCCACACAGAAUGUCUGAUCAUAUGUGUGUCUGAGGCCACCCACUUGUCCCUGUUGAGGCCUGACUGUGGAGCUAACAGCAAGUACCGGUCCUCUUGAAAUCAAAGCAAUAAGAUGGUCUCCUGUUUUCUGCUCCAGGGAGGUAUAAUUUCUAUAGAAAUUAGAACCUGUCUGAUUUCCAGAUGAAAUUUACAAUUGUUUCUUGCUUCUGUGCACUGAGUACUUUUGUUUUAAACCAGAGGUGGCUGACUCUCUGGUCUUAGGGCAAUUUUAAAAUCACCCUAACUAGAAUAUAGAUCAUGUGAACUGUAUUCAGCAAUAAUCUGUUUUUAGAACAGACUCUGAAAACCGCUGCCGGAUUUCUCCAUGAAGCCAGAUGAUCCCGAGGACUGACCACUGUUAGCUGGAGCGUUGUCCAGCUUCUUAUUCUAAUCGCAGUGAGGUGACAUUGUUUCCACGAACACUUCAGAGAAGCGCCCUACCCUAGCCUGUGCCGUCUUGCUCAGGGCCUCCGUCUGCACUUAGCAGUGAAGGCGGUAGAGUUGCUCUUGCUUAUCCUGGAAGGAACUUAGAACUUGACAGCAGCCUUCUAAAUUUGUGUCAGGAAGACAUCCUUUGGACCAAAGCAAACCUCUUUACACCCGUCGUGGUUUCCGGGGAGAUGCUGCAGACGUGCCCAUUAGCACAAGUUCCUGUCCCCGAGUCAGCAGAAGCUAUUGUUACACCCUGUGUUCCUGCUGGGAGAUGGAGGAACGAGCUCCCUGGUUUCCAGUAUUUAUUUGGUAAACCUGAGUCUGAGAUACCCUUUUUUCGUUACUGUCUUCCAAACACUGAAUUAUUGUCACCUUGACGUACAGGUUUCAAUAAAGCUUUGUAAAGAUAAUGGGA